AAGACCACGUGCGUGGAAUUUUCCAGAGGCUACUAAACUCGCUGUGCGACCAUUUCCGCGUCAUCUAGAGUGUCGACGACGAAUCUCGCGUAGAGAGCUGUAUCACCAUUUAAACAAAGUAUAACUACAAAGAUCCUAGCACGAAAUUUUGCUUCCUUUGAGUGAGUAAAAUUCCGCUUCGUGAAUCGUCUUUGUCGGCGAUAUCAGAACAGAGGUUAAGAGCUUCUAUCCACACGGUAAGGAGUUUAACAUUUAUUUAAUUCAGUCAACCUAAACGAUAUGGGUUAUAUUUGUCGUUGUUUAUGUCAUAAAGUGGUUCAUGAAGUUGGUUUUAAUGAAUAUUCAAAUUAAUGGUUGAAGUCAGGAAGAGUACCGACAAAAAUCCGAGGCUGGCUUUGUUGUCCUGGUUGCGUCAUGGUGGAAAUUUCCAGCUCUCUCUGGUCAGCCAUUGUAGUUACACAACAGCGCUUCUCUUGCUUCAAAACAAACACGCAUUAACAACCACGGGCCUUCACAUUUUAUUGCCUCGUCUUCAAAACAUGAAGGACGCACUGUUACUUAGUUUUAAUUGCGUAAAUUUGACGUCCAGAAUGUUUAUGCUGAUUUUUCUCUUCUAUUUCAGGUCGUAUUUCAGUACAUAAACUGUGGCAAAGGAACAACCCUCACUGUCUAAAAUGGCACAUACCCGUCGGACCAGUGGCGUUGAUGUGGUAUUUGACAAGAACAGCCUUGCUACAUUUCAUUCACGCUCAAGCUCGAAUAGCAGCUGUGAAAGUGACCGCUCUUCAGACUCUUUAGGCCAGCGAAGGAGACGAGCCAGAUCUUCAUCUUUCUCUUCUUCAUCUUCAACCAGCAGCAGAACCUCCUCGCGGUCCAGGUCCCGCUCUCACCCCCGUUGCCACAGGCGUUCCUCCCGCUGCCGCUGUGACAGUUCUCGAAGAUCGGGCCUUGGCAGAUACUCCCGUUCCCCUCCACGACGCCAAAGGGCACAUUCUCGCUCACACAGCCGGUCAGCCCAUGUGAGACCCAACCGGGACCAUUCAAAGUCUUCCAGGCGCUGGAACAGGAGCAGGUACAGUAGGCCUGCAAGUGGGUUUUCCAGAACAUACAGGAGCCGGUCGAGAUCCCCAGCGCGCUCAGUCAGUUUGAGUUUGGAUGGUAAGUAACUUGCAUGAAGCGGUCAAAGUUUUUUAUCACUGACAGAAGAUGAUGUUUAGAUUCUCUCACAAACAUAUCUGUCCCACUGAUAAAAAGGAUAGGCCACAGAUAUUUGAUGGAAAAAUACUAAAUGUUGCCUAUGUUCCCCAGAUAAAAAGGAACUCCUUGAGGCUGCUAAGGUCAACGCUAUGAAGAUCCUAGGAGUGGAAAAUCUGGAACUUCCUGAAAGUGUUCAACCAACCCUGUCAGAGCAGUCUGGGUCUGAACAGGAGUCACCUGAGCCAGGGACAAGAGUUCCACAGCUCCAUACAGAGAGUUUUUCGCAGGUAAGAGUCCCAGUGAUAAUGUAAGCUUCACAUGAAACACUCCACACACCAAAGAUGAGUAAUAGAAUUGAGAGUCCCCCUCUGUUUGACUGAAUAGCAGUAUAUGACAAACACUGAUGGAAUUUAAGCAAGAACCAAAGUUUACUUUAACACUUGUGCUAUACAGUCUACUAGUCAUGAAUGAAUUUUAACGAUAGUUUAGAACAAGUAAAGCCUAAUUGCCAGUUGAAAAGCUUGAGGUGUAUGUUAUUGAAUGUUCUGUGUUGUUUUAACCUAUGGACCCCUGCGGGAACACACAUGCUCUUUGUAUUUAUCCCUGUCUUCAUAGAUAACAUGACAGUGAUCUUCAUCACUCAGCGGCACCUGGGAUUAAAGGGCUGUCAUGUGACUUGGGUGACGCCAUUAUGUGUUUGUGUUCAAGGUUAAUUAAUACACUCUUACAAUGUUCAGUAUGUUCAGUUUAUUGACAAUUGUACUUAAAUCUUUCCACAUUUUCAGCAUACUGCACAUAGUAUCUAUAUAUUUUUAACUCUUAUUUAUGCAGAAGCCAUAAAAAAAUUGAAACUUUAAGUGUGUUUGUGCUGUCAGUUGAAAUGGGUCAUUGUUAUUUAGCAGAGUCCUCCAAAUGCCGAUGGUGUGCAGGGAUGUGGACUGCGUUAUAGUGACUUUUCCUGUCAAGAGUGCUUAAAACAGAUGAAGAACUCUUCUCUCUUUGCCAAAGAUAAGUUGGUACACGGGCCAUGUGCUGUGGGACUGGGACACCUACGUCACCAUCAUUCUGUCACUGUAGAAAGAGAAUGCAUCCUUUUCUUGCAAUGUUGUGUUAGUUUUGUUUCAGGCUUCAAUUUUUCUUUGUAACAAAGAAAAAUUGAAGCCAUCAUCUAUGAACUUGACUUCCUGUAAAAGUUCACCUUAAACUUUGUUAGCUUGUCUGACUAAAUCUGUUUUCUCUUGUCUUUGAAACAGAACAAUGAUGAGGAGCCUGAUUUUGUGCCUAGCCCAAGACUAUCUCUCAGAGGGAAAAUUUCUUUCAGCAUUAAUGUAAGUGUCCAAAAUGGUUCCUGAUCUCCGUAUCUUUUAUUGUGAUAAAUCAAAUCAGAAAUCAAGCAUUUGAAUGAUUUGUUGGUAAAACUUUUUUCUCCUAUUUUUCUAUUAGAAUUCCGUGGUCAAACCAACAGCAAUUGCUCCAUCUACUUCCAAGGUGACCCACAGAGCGGACAGCUAUGAAAGCAGGAAGCCCUACGGCCACUGGGUUCCAGUUAAAUUAAGCAGGAAAAAAAAUGCACGCAGAUAUUGAACUGCUGUGUCACACUAGUGUGGCAAAAUAAAUGUACCACUGUAAAUACUGUAAAUGUUUUGUACAAAUAUUUAAAGAUUUGACAAUUUUUCCUUUCAGAUGUUAGAUGGGGAGAAGUGAAGAAUUCAUUCAGGUGGGAUUGUUUUUCCACUUUUUGUGUUUUUCAUUGAUUACAAUAAAGACAUCUAUUCGAAAAAGUGAC